CGGGCUCAAGAUGGCCGCGCCCAUGGCUGCAGCGGCCGCCGCCCCGGCCCGCGCGUUGCCAUAGCGCUGCUGGGGUCGGGGUCGGCGGCGAUGGGCAACGUGCUGCCGCCGCGGGGCCGGGCUCUGCGCCGUGGGGAGCCGCUCGCCAACCCGGGCAGCUUCGACGAGCUGCACCGGCGCUGCAAGGAGGUCUUCCCGCCGCAGACCGAGGGGGUGAAGCUGGUCGUCAACAAGGCCCUGAGCAGCCACUUCCAGGUCAGCCACGCCGUGCACAUGAGCACGCUCGGCCCUUCCAGCUACCGCUUCAACACCACCUACGUGGGGGACCAGCAGCUCAGCACCACCGAGGUCUUCCCCACACUCGUCGGCGACAUCGACAACUGUGGAAGCCUCCAUGCGCAGGUGCUGCACCUGCUGACGGAGCGCAUCCGGACCAAGGCCAUCUUCCAGACACAGCAGUCCAAGUUUAUGACGUGGCAGUUUGAUGGGGAAUACCGCGGGGAUGACUGCACGGCCACCCUGACGCUGGGCAACCCUGAUGUGAUCAGUGAGUCAGUCAUCCUGGUGGCGCACUUCCUGCAGAGCGUGACCUCGCGUCUGGUUCUGGGAGGAGAGAUGGUGUAUCACCGACGCCCGGGCGAGGAGGGCGCCAUUGUCACCCUGGCAGGGAAGUACACGGCUCCCAAAUGGGUGGCAACACUGAACAUUGGCUGUGGCGGUGCCCAUGCCAGCUACUACCACAAAGCCAAUGAGCAGGUGCAGGUUGGGGUGGAGUUUGAAGCCAACACUCGGCUGCAGGACACCACUUUUGCCUUCGGCUACCAGCUCAACUUAACCCAAGCCAAUGUCAUCUUCAGAGGUCUCGUGGACAGCAACUGGUGCGUGGGGGGUGUCCUGGAGAAGAAGCUGCCACCCCUGCCUGUCACCCUGGCCCUGGGCGCCUUCCUCAACCACUGGAAGAACCGCUUCCACUGCGGCUUCAGCAUCAUCGUGGGCUGAUAGAGCCGUGCCCCUGGGCUCUGACUGCUGUGAUGCUACAGCAGGAGCAGGUCCUGGCUGGGUCUGCAUGCCACAGACUGAGGACUGGCAGCCUCCCACUGCCUUCCUGUCUCAGGGAGCCUUUGUGCCAUGAGAUGUACUGCCCCAUGGAGUGACCUACUGCCUUCAUGGCAGCUGCUUCUGGGGUCCAAGAGACAUCUGACACCUGGUGCUGCUUGGGGGAGUCACUCUUUCUGCAGUCAGCCCAGAUCUCUGUGACCACAGUGUGGGUGUGGACAUAGGCUGUGCUGGGGUUGCCCAGCCCAGCGCAGUGAGUGCCACGGGACCGCGCAGUGGUGGUGGGAGUAGGCGGUAUAGGGGCUGCUGCUGGGUGUGAUGUUUUUGCUGUACGAUGGCUUGGAACCCCAUUAAAGCACUUGGGCUGCUG